UUAAAACUUUGACGUUUGUGUAAUUAAAAAAAGCAAAGAGAACAAUGUCUGCAAAUACUAGUCCAUCGCAUUACACUGAAGAUGCAUUUGUUCACGACGCAAAUUUCAAGGUAGAAAUAAACCAAAAAAUGAAAGUCCCUGACAAAAUUAGUUUUAACCAAAACAUGAACGGGAUCAAUCAUAAUUCCUGGACAAGGGAUGAUAUUAACAUGCAAGUCCCAGAAAGAAUAUUGGUAGCAGGACAACACCAACAUGUCGGUACAAGGGCUGCCCCAAUUGAAAUAGCAUAUGAUAAUUCACUUCUUCCCUCAGAUCCUUACCCCAUGGAUUUACCAAGAGUUGCAACCCCUCCAAGAACCCUUACAUUAGAUAAAUAUCCAUUUCCCUUGAUAGAAAAUUAUGAUGACAAUGAGGAAAACGAAGGAGACAGAAUUCCUGUCAUUAAACCAAAAACGAAAUUUAACCUCAAUGAUUCGAGUUUUCGGGAAUCAACUCCUCCAAUUGGAGGUGGUGGAGAGGGAUUGACUCCAGCUGAAGAAGUUAUACAUUUACGUAGACAGAUGGCCAAGUUGAAUAGGAGAGUGAUGGCAUUAGAGCUUGAUGGUUUAAAUCGGCUGCAAAAAGAAAAGUUUCUUGUUGGAUUUGGCGUUGCUUACUUUUUAUUGAAAAUAAUUGUUUGGAUGAAUAAGGAUUAGUGCCACUAUUUAAUAUUUAUCACAUGAAAAAAGAUGUGUAAAUAGGUACUAUUUUCCCACUUUGUUUUAGUGUUUGAGCUAUCUAGUUGUAACUUAAAGUUGACAUCUUUUAAUAAAAAGUGAAUUUACAUACACACAAACCUAUUUUUAAAGUAUAUUAGAUAUUCUUAUUCUUUUGAACUGAUUAUUAUGUAUGUAAUUUUUUUGUAAUUUUAUUAGUAUAUCCUGUUAUACC